AUGCCUGGGUACAAUCUCGUACUAACAUUAUCACAAAGUCAAAGCAAAAGACACUUACCAAAGCAGUACCCUUGCCGAACAACAAGGGUUGACCAGAAGGGAACGAGGCUCAAAAAGUGUACUCGCACCAAAGCUUCAACACCUCACGGACCCAGGCUCUUGCCAACGUACCGAAUGACAAUAUUUAUGCUCAAUUCGGUGGCCUCCUUGCUCAGCCCAGCUUGGGAAAUUCACGACAUCAAGACGACGACCCAACGUGCUCAGCCUAGCUCCAACUCUUUGAGAGACCCAAACCACCCGACUCGGGCGGCCUCCAGUUUUUCCCCCAAGCUGCUCCUUCCAAUCGGCAGGCUUAAGUCAGCCCCUUCACGAAAUCACGAAGUCAUAAUGCAAACCCAGCUCCUAGCAACCAACACCGAGCUCUCAUGCAGAGGAGACUUCAGAAAAAUUUCAACCCUCCCUUGCCGUUCGGCAAGGGGAAAGCAGAAGCACGUGGGGACUUACGAAACCAAGAAGACCUCAACUUUCCAAUGGAUAUUGCCGAAGGGUGCUGAUGUAGGGAGCUGA